ACAUGGCGGCGCCGACGGGCAGCGUCGACGAACUUGUGCAUCAUGUUUCUUUACAUACUCCGUUGCAUUUCCUCUCGGAUGGUUGUAUCAGUCCAUUCGUUGUCUUAUAUGGAGUUUGGUUUUACACAUGGACAUCUGUUUAUGGUGUUUCGGACUACUAUGAGCCUGGACUGAUAGCGCUGGCUGUAAUCGGUGUAGUCCACAUACUCACAUGCUUGUUUUGUCAUUGGUCCGUGCACGUUAGAUGCUUUUUGUCAUACAGAAAGGAAAAAGAUCCUCUUAAAGCGACGUUUGCUAAGGUGAUUCCAACGGCGAACAAUGGAUCGUCUGAACUGGUUCCACUUCAUGUCAAAAAGCUCGAAGGACAGCCGGAGCCAGAUGUUUGGAUUAUAUUUCAAAAGACAAAAUAUUUUUACAACUUCGACAGAAAAUGCUUUCAAGGGAUACAGUUCCCUACAGAAAUGCCACUUAGGGAGUACCAAGAUUGGAAGGGCUAUGGUGAUGACGAUGAAGCUGUCGAUGCUGAAAGAAGAUAUGGCAAAAACGAGUUGGAAAUGGUGGUUCCAGAGUUCAUGGAACUGUUCAAGGAACGAGCCACAGCACCAUUUUUCGUCUUUCAAGUGUUCUGCGUGGCCCUCUGGUGCCUAGACGAGUUUUGGUACUACAGUGUGUUCACACUGAUGAUGCUUAUAGCUUUUGAAUGCACACUAGUUCAACAACAGCUUAGGAACCUUUCGGAGAUUCGCAAAAUGGGGAACAAGCCCUACAUGAUCCAGGUGUAUCGAAAUAGAAAGUGGAGGCCAAUACUCAGUUGUGAUCUCGUACCUGGGGACAUCGUUUCUAUAGGACGUUCACAAAACGACAAUCUCGUGCCAUGUGACAUGCUGCUUCUGAAAGGACCCUGUAUUGUGGAUGAGUCCAUGCUUACUGGAGAAUCAGUUCCUCAAAUGAAGGAGCCCGUUGAUGGCGUUGAUGCUAAUCACAUUUUGGACAUUGGAAUGGACGGUCGUCUUCAUAUUCUUUUUGGUGGGACAAAGGUUAUUCAGCAUACACCACCUGCAAAGAACAGCCCUGGUUUGAGACCUGCGGAUAACGGCUGCGUGGCUUAUGUCUUGAAGACUGGCUUCAACACGGCUCAGGGCAAACUGCUUCGUACAAUCUUGUUUGGGGUGAAGCGUGUCACAGCUAACAACCUGGAAACCUUUGCGUUUAUCCUGUUCCUGCUUGUGUUUGCCAUUGCCGCUGCCAGCUAUGUUUGGCUGAAAGGUACAGAAGAUCCCGCCAGGAAUCGUUACAAGUUGUUCCUGGAGUGCGCCCUCAUCUUAACUUCGGUGGUUCCUCCAGAACUGCCAAUCGAGCUGUCGUUGGCUGUGAACACGUCUUUGCUCGCCCUCACUCGUUUAGAUGUGUUUUGCACAGAGCCGUUCAGGAUUCCGUUUGCAGGAAAGGUUGAAACCUGCUGCUUCGAUAAGACGGGAACUUUGACUAGCGACAGUCUCAUAGUGGAAGGUGUUGCUGGGCUGAAAAAUGAAAGAGACAUUUGCCCCGUAUCAGACAUUCCCUUAGAAACUACCCAAGUGAUGGCCUCUUGUCAUUCCUUGGUACAACUGGAUGACGGACUGGUGGGUGACCCCUUGGAAAAGGCCACUCUGCUAGCAAUUGAGUGGAACUUGACAAAGGGAGAUGCUGUGGUUCCGAAGAAAGGCAAAGUGCCCGGCAUCAAGGUCUUCAACCGUUUUCACUUCAGCAGUGCCCUCAAGCGAAUGUCUGUGGUUGCUGGUUAUGCUUCACAGGGCUCCACUGAAACCAACUACAUAGCAGCUGUGAAAGGAGCCCCGGAGACACUGAAGCCCAUGUUUUCUCACAUUCCGGAUGACUACGACGAGGUGUACCUUCGCAUGUCACGAAAAGGGGCCCGAGUCUUGGCCAUGGGUCGCAGUGAGCUUGGACAGCUGAGUCACCAACAGGUUAGGGACCUCACACGAGAAGACAUUGAACAGAACCUUGACUUUGUGGGAUUCCUAGUCAUUUCUUGCCCACUGAAAGCUGAUUCCCUGUCUGUGAUCAAAGAAAUUCAAUCAUCCAGUCACCAUGUCUGCAUGAUCACCGGAGACGCUCCGCUUACAGCUUGUCACGUGGCGCGAGAGCUAAACUUUUUUUCGAAGGAGGUGACGCUCAUUCUGACGGAGAUUGCUGAUGACGUGUGGGAGUGGGUGUCUAUCGAUGAGUCAGUCAAGGUACCACUAUCUGGUUCAGUAUUGAAUAGGAGAUUCAUUGAUGAGUACGACUUCUGCAUCACUGGUGAGGGCAUGAAUCAUCUCGUGGAGAAAGACCCAGCAUUUUUCCGCAAGAUACUUCACCACGUGCGGGUGUUUGCCCGUGUUGCACCAAAACAGAAGGAACAAGUGAUCACAGCCUUGAAAAGUCUGGGUUUCACGACGCUGAUGUGUGGUGAUGGAACGAAUGACGUUGGAGCCUUGAGGCACGCCCAUGUCGGGGUAGCCCUACUCGCAAAUGCUCCCCAUAGCCAGGACAGGAAGCGCAGGAAGGAAAAGGAAGAGCUUGGCAGCACAUCAGCUGCUGUAGAUGGGGAACAGAACAACCACACGGUGAGCAAGCUGGAAGCACUGGCAGCUAGAGGACGUCUGGGCAAGCGCCCCGAGAACAAAGGCAGACCACUCAGCAGGGCUGAGAAAGUGGCAGACGCUCAGAAACAGCUUCAGAAGUUGUUGAAAGAACUCGAGGAACAAGACCAAGCACAAGUUGUGAAGCUGGGUGAUGCUAGCAUCGCCGCACCGUUCACUUCCAAGCUGUCAUCUAUACAGUGCAUUUGCCACGUUAUAAAACAAGGCCGCUGUACUCUUGUGACAACUCUACAGAUGUUCAAGAUUCUUGCCUUGAAUGCGCUCGUGUUGGCAUACAGCCAAAGUGUUCUUUACCUUGAUGGCAUCAAGUUCAGUGACACACAGGCCACACUGCAAGGCCUGCUUUUAGCUGGCUGCUUUCUUUUCAUCUCACGGUCGAAGCCCCUGAAGACACUCUCAAAAGAGCGGCCCUUGCCAAACAUCUUCAAUGUCUACACGCUCCUCACAGUCCUGCUGCAGUUUGCUGUGCAUUUUGCCAGCCUCGUGUACCUAGUAAGGGAGGCAAACUCGAGGUCGCCCCCGAGAGCAGAAAAGUUUGCUGAUCUGGAAGCAGAAUUCAAGCCAUCAUUACUAAACAGUACAGUGUACAUAAUCUCCAUGGCACUGCAAGUGUCCACGUUUGCAAUCAACUACAGGGGUCAGCCAUUCAUGGAGAGCUUACAAGAAAAUAAGGCACUUCUCUAUAGUCUGUUGAUAUCGGGGCUCUCCAUAGUCUGCCUGGUGACAGGCGUCAUUCCAGAUGUGGCCAAGCAGUUUGAAAUUGUGGAGUUCCCCAGUGAAAUGCAGAUGAUCAUCCUCCAGGUUCUGGCAUUUGACCUCUCCUGUUCGUUUGUUGUGGAUCGUGUUUGCCUGUUUCUGUUUGGAAGGGGGAAGUUAAGAAGCCUGUGAAUAGGUUUCCAUCAUUUGUAAUUUAUUUCCUUUUGAGACCUUCUAUGGAAGUGCAGAAAGGAGUUGAAAAGAAAAAAAAAAGAAAAAAAGAAGAGAGCAUUUUUAAUAAACACCAGCACCUUGUCCAA